UACCCUUAAUUAUCAGAGCUGAUGCGUGUGCAAGAAAUCCUUGGAGAUUGUGUACAUUGAUAGGAACUGAAGCCCCAUGCAACUGUACACAUCAGUUCUUUGCACCUCAGCUCUUUCUUGAUACAAUACAAACCCAAUAUGUCCGACAACCGAGCUGCAUUUCGUGACGCUGCUGACCGAAGGUUCAUCAUCCGAGACGCAGAGGACCAAUUCGCGGAGGAUAACGAGAUAGUGAUCAGAAACGCUGCUAUAUCACUCAACCCAGUCGACAAAUAUACCUUGUAUGACAGAUUUCCUCAGAUUCCAGGUGCUGAUGUUGCUGGAGAAGUCAUAGAAGUCGGACUUGAUGUGACAGCAUUCCAAGAGGGCGAUCGAGUCCUGGGUCAUGCUUUGGCAAUCGGAACAAAGGAGAACAGACACGGCGCAUUCCAACGAUAUACUGCCAUACCAGACAAUAUGGCAGCCCGUAUUCCACGCCACAUAUCAUAUCAAAGCGCUGCUGCUCUUCCCCUCGGUGUCUCAACCGCAGCAGCGGCUUUGUUCCAGAAGGAUUUCCUGGCGCUUUCCAAUCCCACUGUUCCUCCGGCAACUUUGUCAGAGCCUAGAGCGGUGGUCAUAAUCGGCGCGUCAGGCAACGUUGGAAGUAACGCGGUGCAAUUAGCAAAAGCAGCUGGCUACACUGUUAUCGGGACAGCAUCCACCAGUAGCGCCAAGCUGGUCAAAGACCUUGGCGCCCAAGAGGUGGUGGAUGAUCGAGUGAACGAUAAGAACGUCGUAGUCGAGAACGUCAAGAAGGCGUUGAAUGGGAUGGACAUUUGUGGAGUUUUUGAUGCUGCUGGGAUGCCAGGAACGCAUAAACUCGCCAGAGAUAUCGUAAUUGCUGUGUCUGGUCGCAAGAUCGCAGUAACUACUCAGAGCUAUGAGGGUGAAGGCCUUGAAUUCGAAGGCGUAACGUUGAUGGAUGUUAUGGCUGUUGCUAUCCAGAAUAACGAGGUCGGUAAGAUGGUCUACGGAUUCCUACAAAAGGCCCUCCAGAUGAAGUCAUAUCAGGUGCCGGAUACAGUAGUAGUCGGCAAACAACUGGGAGAUAUCUAUGGCAAUCUAGACGGGCGCGGGAAGAAGAUCAUUCUAAUGGAGUAGGCAUUAGAAGGCGGUUGUGUAUGAAUUUGCACGGAACAAGAUUCCGAAAUGAAGGCACGUGACUCAUGUAUAUGUCUUGGCAAUCCCUAAAUUCGCGCUUCGGCGACUCUCUCAUCAUCCCAUUUCAUUCUUCUUAAUCGGACCUGACGCACAUAAAAUGGAUAUUCUAUUCGCUUGCUCGAUCAAGAAGUGAGAUCAGCAAAAUCUAUGCAAUUCCACAAGCCAGCAUAACGUCACCGACAUCCAUGCCUGCUCCUUAUCCUCCCGAACAACAACACAUUUAUGCAUGCAGUAAGCCUCCACAUAGAUGCAUGAUCUCAGCCAGCCACUGCAUAUGCAUGCAUAGUCACAUUUGAACGCAAUAUCUGUUUCGAUCUAACUCCGAUGUAUCUUAUCGCUGUAAAUAUCCCAUACGAGCGUAGUGAUCGAGAUGUGACAGCAGAAUCGUGGUUUUAUGGAGCGCGGCCGAAAGUGCUUGAUGAUUGGAUAUAUCCUGAUCA